AUGGCGGAGGCAUUCGAGCGCUUCAAGCGCUUCGAGUACAGACAGAACAGUAACCUUGUCCUACAACGCGACCCUUACCUUACAGGGGCUCCUGGUGGGGCCCACCAAGGGGAACCUACCGGGGAGCCCGAAACCCUCGCAGGAAGGAAGCUGUACCCGAUGGGCGACAAGGCAGAGAGGGGGCUAAAAAAGGAAGAAAAGGAGAAGAUUGGAAAGAGAAGGAGCAAGAUAAAAGAAGGGGGAGGUGCCAAAAGAGCCAAAAUGGACAUUAAGAAGGGAGCUACGGUACUUGAUGCAGAUGUGACGGAGAAUUUCUUCUACCGCCCGACCACUCGCGUCACCAACCAGGUGUACGAACAGCUGCUCGUGGUUCUUCAGCAGCAGUUGGGCGACCAGCCGGACGAAGUGCUUCGCGGCGCCGCCGAUGAGGUGCUGCAGGUUUUGAAGGAGGACGGGCUUAAAGAGGGGGAGAGAAAGCGAGGUGUAGAAGGAGUCCUGGGGCCCAUUACCCAAGAACGUUUCACAAAACUGUUUCAGCUUUCGAAGAGUAUCACAGACUUUAUGGGCGCAGAUCAAGACAGAGACGAAGGAGGUACACUAGCUUUCAAGUACUGGUUUUUCUCCGGCGUCCACGGUUUUGUGAUGUGUUGGGUGGUGAAUGUUGGUCCUCAUACCAUGAGCAGUGGCGCAAGAAGAAAUUCUAGUAACACCAGCAUAGACGCCAACGGCACUGGUAUCCAGGCUUACUGCAUGACUUGGGAACCUGACACGACGGCGGGCGUUGCGGUGGUUUUCGAUGAAGAAGAUGAGGGAGAGGAUGACUAUGGCUAUUCGGACAUGGAGGCUGAGGGUGAAGACGAAGACGAUGAAGAGACGGAAGAACAAGAAGAAAAGGAAAAGACGUAUUUAGCGGCCAAGAAUCUCGAUGAGGAGGAGGUAGAUAGCUCAGAGUCGGCAUACUCCGUAGACGUGUCAAAAAUUGACCCACAUUGGCUGCAGCGCGAGCUCAACGCGGUCUUUUCUGACCCGAAUCAGGCUGUAGCGACAGAGAAGGAGAUCUUGUCUAUUCUUCCCAUCCCGGAUAUUCAAGAGUGUGAGAAUAAGUUGGUGCUGAUUCUGAAGUACGAGAACUUCGAGCUCGCCAAAAAGAUACUGAAAAACAGGUGGAAGCUUUUCUACUGCAUUCGGUUGGGGCAGGCGCAAACUACAGAAGAGAAGGAUGGGAUUAGGGAGGAGAUGAAGAAUACCCAAGAGGGUCAGGAGGUCCUUGAACUGCUAGAUGCACUCACCUCACGCCGCAAUAAAGAAAAAGAAGUCACUCUUAAUGUCCGCAAAGAGGCAGCGACGCUUGCCGCGAAGGCCCAGGCGCGUGACGCGUCUCUUCGAGCUGCAGAAGCUGACGACGACUCCACUGCUUUGGGAGGAGGCGCCCAUGGCACGCCUGGGGGGCCUGGGGGCCCCAGUAGCCAAGCUGCCCAGCGCAAGCCUACCGGAUCUGUUGACUUGCAAAACAUUGCCUUUCAGCAAGGUAGCCAUUUAAUGGCGAAUGCAAAGGUCAAGCUACCAGAUGGAACUCAGAGGAUCGAGACGAAGAGCUACGACGAAGUGGUGGUUCCGGCUUUGAAGCGGCCGGCUGAGAAGUCAGAGGGUCUGCGGGCAAUAUCUACCAUGCCAGAGUGGAGCCAGCCGGCCUUCACGGGUGUGGGAAUUGAGCGGCUAAACGCCCUGCAGUCGAAAGUGUACGAUAUUGCCUUUAAUACUUACGAAGAGAAUCUGCUGCUUUGCGCCCCUACGGGAGCAGGCAAAACGAACGUGGCCAUGCUGGCCAUGCUGAACGUGGUGGGACAGUACAGAAACGCUUCUACAGGAGCCAUCGAUCUCAAGGGAUUCAAGAUAAUUUACAUCUCGCCCAUGAAGGCACUGGUGGCAGAACAAGUUCAGGCGUUCUCGCAGAGGCUGCAGCCGUUUGGAAUUUCAGUCCGGGAGCUUACUGGAGACGCGAAUCUGACAAGAGAAAAGAUUGAAGAGACACAAGUUAUUGUUACAACGCCGGAAAAAUGGGACAUCAUCACCAGGAAAGCUGGGGAGAGGGCCUACACCCAACUUGUCCGCCUUGUUAUCAUCGACGAAAUUCACUUGCUUCACGACACACGAGGGCCCGUAUUGGAGGCUAUCGUCGCGCGCACAAUCCGUCAGAUUGAAAUGUCUCAAGAGCACAUCAGACUAGUGGGACUUUCUGCAACCCUGCCCAACUACGAAGACGUCGCGGUCUUUCUAAGGGUUAAGCCGGAGAAAGGGCUCUUUGUUUUCGGCAACCACUAUCGCCCUGUGCCUCUCAAGCAAACGUAUGUGGGUAUCAAAGAUAAAAAGGCAAUCCGGCGAUACAACACAAUGAAUGACGUCACAUACGAGAAGGUUCUGGAGUGCGCUGGGAAGAACCAAGUCCUGAUCUUUGUGCACAGCCGGAAGGAAACGGUGAAGACGGCGAAAUUCAUUUGCGAUGCAGCAUUGCAGAAGGACACGUUGCCUCGUUUCCUGCAGAACUUCUCAGCUAGUCGGGAAAUUUUGCAGGCUGAGGCGGAGGCCGUUAAAACGCAAGACCUGAAAGACUUGCUGCCAUACGGCUUCGCAGUGCACCAUGCAGGGCUCCCCAGAACGGACAGAAAGCUCGUAGAAGAUCUUUUUGCAGAUAGACAUAUUCAGGUGCUCGUUUCUACUGCCACUCUCGCUUGGGGUGUCAACCUGCCGGCCCACACCGUCAUCAUCAAAGGUGAGUACUUUGCACUUUUGAAUGCAGCAGUGGAUUUCGGAGCACCUUUUUGCACGGAGCAAGCAGACCAGAAUUGCAUUUUAGGAUCUGUCGUGCAAGUGCCUCCGCAGCAUGUUGCAUUUAUGGGGACCCAAGUGUAUCUUCCGGAGAAAGGCGCAUGGUCGGAGCUGUCGCCAAUGGAUAUUCUACAGAUGAUGGGACGAGCUGGGCGACCCCAGUACGACACUGGCGGCCACGCCAUCCUGAUUACUCAGCAUAGUGAACUGCAGUUCUACCUCUCUCUCAACAACCAACAGUUGCCCAUCGAGUCGCAGAUGAUCCAGUGCCUACCCGACAUGCUGAACGCAGAAAUCGUUCUUGGAUCCGUAAGAAGCAGGGAAGACGCCGUUCACUGGCUGGGCUAUACAUAUCUGUACGUCAGGAUGCUGAAGGCGCCUUCGCUGUACGGUAUACCGCCAGACUUGGUAGUGGGUGACAAGCUUCUUGAGCAGUACUGCAUUAACCUGGCGGACUCCGCUCUCAAGACAUUGGAUAGGCACUUUCUCAUCAAGUACGACAAAAGGACGGGGACCAUCCACGUGACAGCGAUGGGAAGGGUGGCAAGCCACUACUACAUCAAGCAUGCAACCAUUGCAGUGUACAAUGAGCAUCUGAAGCCGACUCUAUCGGACAUCGAGUUGCUCCGUCUCUUCUCCCUUUCUUCCGAAUUUAAGUACAUGCCUGUCAGGGAAGAGGAGAAACUUGAAUUGCAGAGGCUGAUGGAGCGGGUUCCCAUCCCUGUAAAGGGUUCGCCUGAUGAACCAUCUUCCAAGGUUAAUGUACUUUUGCAGGCAUAUAUAAGCAAGCUUAAACUGGAAGGGUUUGCUAUGAUGGCAGAUAUGGUAUAUGUUCAGCAGAGUGCAAACAGAAUCAUGCGUGCUAUUUUCGACAUCUGCUUGAGGAGAGGAUGGGCGCAGCUCGCCAUAAGGGCCCUACAGCUUUGCAACGAGAUCCAGGGUCGCAUGUGGAGCACCAUGACUCCCCUGCGUCAAUUCAAGGUGCUGCCUGAGGAGCUGAUGCGCAAAAUUGAGAAGAAGGACUUGCCUUUCGACCGCUACUAUGACUUGACAUCAACUGAAAUAGGCGAACUUGUGAGAGUACCGAAGAUGGGAAAGCUGCUUCACAGGCUUAUUCACUCUUUCCCCAAGCUGGAGCUCGCAGCAUUUGUCCAGCCGCUUAGUCGGUCCUGCCUUGUUGUUGAGCUGACCAUCACGCCGGAUUUCCAGUGGGAUCAAAAGAUUCACGGCAAUGGCGAAGUCUUCUGGAUCCUUGUGCAUGACGUCGACUGCGAACAGAUUCUCCAUCAUGAGAUGUUCAUCUUACCAGCCUUCCAAGGAGAAAUUGAACAUACCCUAACUUUUACUUUGCCGGUGACCGACCCGAUCCCCCCCAGUUACUGCAUCCGCGCUAUAUCAGAUCGCUGGCUUCACUCCACGGCGUCACUGCCUAUUUCCUUCAGAAACCUUAUCUUACCGGAGAAACCCAUGCCUCAUGCAGAGCUGCUAGAUCUGCAGCCGCUGCCUGUGUCGUCUCUGCAUGAUAAGAAGGCGGAGGAACUGUACAAGAAGGAAGGCAUUAAGGCGUUUAACCCCAUUCAAACGCAGACAGAACCAUCUAGCGCUUGGAAGGCGGUUUACCUUGCACCUUACUCGUCCGUAGUGCAGGAGACGCUGCGACAGUGGAGCUCCAAACUAGGCAGUGGCCUGGGACUGAAAAUCGCAGAACUGACGGGUGAUCUGCAUGCGGACCUGAAGAUUUUGGAGCAGUCACAUAUCGUGGUAUCUACACCAGACAAGUGGGAUUUCUUGUCUCGUCGCUGGAAGACUCGUAAAGUGUUACAGUCGAUUCGCUUGUUGGUGGUGGACGAUCUGCAUCUGCUCAAUUCUCCCGUAGGCUCCACUCUUGAGGUGUGCCUUUCGAGAAUGCGGUACAUCUCCGCGCAGCUUCCUCAGCCAGUCCGCAUCGUUGCAUGCGCCAAUUCUCUUUCGAAUGCCAAGGACGUCGCAGAUUGGCUAGGGGUAUCUGCAACUGACGACACGAUGAAACAGUACACCUCGAUCGUGCGCGACAAAAUGCUAUUGGAAACGCUGUCCUACGGCGUUGGCCUGUACCAUUCGGGAUUGUCUGCUGCCGAACGGCUGCUGGUGCAGCAGCUACAUUCCAGCGGGGCCAUUCAGGUUGUUGUUGUCGCGGAGGAGUCCGCGUGGGGCCUCCAGAUGAGCUCCCAUUUGGUUGUUAUUGUCGACACCAAACGGUUCACGGAAAACGGAUAUGAAGACUACCCAAUUGCAGACGUCCUGCAGAUGUUAGGCCGGGCGACGCGCCCUGGAAUCGACAAGCACGGGUAUGUAGUGCUUCUUUGCCCAUCCAGCAAAAGGGAGUAUUACAAGAAGUUUAUUUUUGAGCCGUUGCCGAUCGAGUCGCAACUUGAACAACACCUUCAAGACCACAACCCCAACUACUAUGGCCUGCAGGGAACAUCUCAUCAGCACUUGAGUGAUUAUUUGUCGGAGUUGGUUGAGUCUACAGUGCAUACUCUUGAGCAGGCCCAGUGCGUGGCGGAAAAGAACGAGGUGGACCUGGAGCCUCUGAACCUGGGGCUUAUUUCUGCCUUCUACUAUGUGAAAGUCGCAACGAUUGAGCUUUUUAACCGUUCUCUCUCCCCUACAUCUAAACGCCGAGCGCUGUUGGAGAUCCUCUCGGCUGCAGCGGAGUUCGGGUCGCUGCCCCUCCGACCGGGAGAGGAGACAGUUCUCAAGGGCAUUGCCCAACGUAUUGGGCUCAAGCUACCUGCCACCGUAGACUUCACGAAGGCCAGCACGAAGGCCCUGGCACACUGCCAGCGGGCGAGCCUCCCAAGCGACUUGGUUGCGGAUCAAAAGCAGGUGCUGGAGCCGUGCGUGAGGCUACUGCAUGCAUUGGUGGACGUCAUAGCUAGCAACGGGUGGUUGAUCCCCGCCUUAGCCGCCAUGGAGAUCUCCCAAGCCCUUGUCCAGGCCGUUCUGCAUGCGGGUUCUGGCGAACAAAACAAACUGCAGGCUUCGGCUCUCAGACAACUCCCCCACUUUAGUACAGACCUUGUCAAGGCUGCCAACGCAAUGGAGGUGAAGGAUGUCUUCGACUUCAUGAACAUGGAAGACGGGCAGAGAGAGAAGCUGCUUGCGUCCCUUACUCAGGCGCAACUCCGAGAAGUCGCCAAGGCGAGCAACAGAUACCCCGUCAUCUCCCUAGAGUUUGAACUGUCCAAGACCGAAAAUAUAAGCCCAGGAGAAAACAUUCAGUGCACCGUGCAACUGGAACGAGACUUAGCGGACGGAGAUACUGUGGGCCCCGUGUACGCACCCUUAUUCCCCAAGGAGAAGGAGGAGCAGUGGUGGUUGGUCAUUGGCCAGUCGGCUCCCAACGGGCUGAACGCGAUUAAGCGGAUUUCCGUCACAAAACAAAGCAGCACUAUCAAGCUGGCCUUCGAAGCUCCCGAGACGCCUGGAAAGCAUCAAUUCGUGCUCUUCCUAAUGUGCGACAGCUACAUCGGAGCCGACCAGGAACAUAAGUUCGAGAUCCGCGUCCGCUAG